AUGGACAAUUGGCAUGAUUACCAGUAUGUGCGAGGGAAUAUCGAUUCCGUCGUGUCGUUUUUGACCCAUAAAAACCCGUCAUCCUAUCCGACCAACUGGUAUUGUGACGAUGAUUGGUUGAUGUACACAAAAAACGAGGUCGGUGCAGACGGCAAAGAAAAUCCGAAUCCUCCACUGGCCGCGGAGAAAGAAAAUUGGAAGAGUAAGCGAUUGAGAAACGGCCAAUAUUUUCCUGGCUUGCUGUGGGACAAGUUAAGGGCCACGGGCUACUACCCACCUUCUGAGGAGGAUCCAUAUCAUACUCGCUGUAAUGCUAUAGUCAAUGGCAAGUUGUUCACCUAUGGAUACGUCGCUUCUUACAACGACAAGGGUAUUGGUCAUAGGACAAGAUGGAAUCUCAGUCUGUGUCCAUCUGCGUCCAGCAAUUCCCCAGUUAGCUAUUAUUGGGAACCAGGCAGUGGCACAAAAGCUGCGCCAGAACUGCUUAAGGUGUAUAUGAGGUCAAUAAGUGUUACGACGGCCCACGAGCUGUUCCACCUAACGUCAGAUUUAGAAACUGAGAAACCAUGGAAUGUCUUCGACGAGGAAGAUGAUGAUGUAGCGCUAGAACUCUCGGUCAUGGAGGAAUAUGAUGGCCGAGACAUCCGGUUCUCGUCCUGA